AUAUAGUUCAUUUUUUAAAUCUUUAUGUGAUUAUAAUUUAUACCUAAUAUCGAUUAAUCUAUAUAUUUGAAUUAUACUUUUGAUACAAAAUAAUUGUAAGAUAUUUGAAAUUAAUACAAUGAAGAAACAGCUGCAUAAUUAUUUGAAUAUUCUUAUUAUACUAAGUUUUUUUUUGCAUAAAGAUACAUCAUCAUAUACUGCUUCAACGGAUUACAAUGAGUUUCUUAUUGGUGAACUUAAGAAACACCCAAAUUUAAAUUUUGAAAUGAUAAAACAAUUAAAAUACUUGUUAAAUGGCGAAAUUGAAGUCAAAGAUAAAGAAAUUAUUAUGUUUCUACAUAGCUCGUAUUUUGAUGUUGCGCGUGCUAUUGAAAUGCUUAAAGCAAAUUAUAAAUACAGAGAGUCACAUAAAAAUUAUUUUAAUGAUAGAAAUCCAACAUCAGAAAGAAUGAAAACAGUCAUAAAUAAUAUGCACAUGUCUAUUUUAUCAGCCUGUUCAGAUGGAUGGCACAUUUAUGCUCAAAUAAGAAAUACACAAGUUAAAAAUUUUGAAAUAAAAGAUAUCUUCUGCUAUUUCUUUAUGAUGAUUGAGUACUUAAUAAAAACUCAAGGAGCAGUGGAGAGCGCAGUUUUUACGUUAAAUUUUAAGGAUUUUACAAUAUCACAUUUUUAUAAACUUUUGAAAAUUGAUACAAAAAAAUUGACUAUAUUCUUGCAAGUAAGUAUAAUUUUCAAAAGAAUAAAAAUUUCAUAUGUUUAUCAGCUGCCUUUGUUCAAGACUUCUAUAUUAAAUGGAAAAUCAAACAUUUCAUAUGAUGAGAAAAAAAAACCAGUAUAGUGGGAUCGCGGCAUAGUGGGGAUGUGGCAUAGUUGGGUCCAGUAUAAAUGAUAUCUGACAGUAAUUAUAAUCAUUAUCGUAAACAACGCUUCGAUGCGAUAAUGUAGAUAAUGUUUAAUUAAAAAAAAUUAAUGAAUUAUUCCAAAAGCAACAUGAACUCCCAUUUUCUUAUUUAUACCCUGAUUGUAAGUUUUAUGAUUUAUAUGUGUAAUAUAUGAAUACUAGGCUCUGCCUAGCUGAGGCUCCGCGCCAGACAAGGGGCCCUACGAGCCUUAGUAACUUUGAUAAUAUAUUAAAAAUGUUAUUAUUAAAAUAAGGAAAAUUCCAAAAGGGAAUAUAGUAAAAUGUAUUGGGUAUAAGGUUAACAUUUGUUAAUAAGGUAUUCCCUUUAGGCCUAUUAAAAAAUUAUUUAAUUAGGGUAUUUAAUAUUUUUUACUUUGUUAAACAUGUUAUAGAAUUUUUUUUUGCUAAAAAUUAAAGUAAUGAUGAAAAAAAGGACAUUAGGUUCUUAUUUAAGAAGUUGCCUAAAAUAAUAUUGAUAGCGCUGGUUCAAGGGGAGCCCAUAUCUCCCAUAAAUACAUCCCUGGUAUACACAAAAAUUAUUAAUAUUCUAAUUAUAAUAAUUGUGUUUAUAUUAUAGAAUAAUUACAAAAAAAAUUAGCAGGCUAUUUUACGUGACACUAUGUAAAAAAUUUUAUUUUGAUAAAAAUAUUGGUAACUGCGAUUUAACGUUGGACAGCAUAGUUGUUAUAGAUGAAUUCUAAUUUAAAUGAUAAACUAAUAGACUCAUAUAUCAUAUAUGAGAAAAAAAAGAUUAUUAAUAAUGUACUGUUCUGAUAAACAUAAACUGAUAAAGAAGAAACUUAUAUAACUAUAACA